CCAACACUGUGUAAUAUGACAAAGCGAUAAUAACUAUUUUAAUAUGUUAAAUAAUCUACUUAUCUAUAAUACCCGUUCCUUAAUGACCGUUGAAGUUAUCAUUUCUAAAAUCACCCUUCUUCCCGCUGAAUCACCUAUGUUCCCACGCACGUCCAUCCCACAAUCACUCAAUUAGCAAUCUAUCAAUAGAUUGCAUGUUCUACAAUGAAGGCACGCGUUAGUUCGUUUCAUCCGAUCUCUGUUGCAAUGCACUUCCGAUAGCAAUCAAAAUAUCUCAACCGUAGGAAAAUCCUACCUACACACAGCUCUGUUAUUAACAGCUAUUGCGCCGUUAUGGCUCGAAUGCAUAUCCUCGGUGCAACUGCAUGUCCGAUCCAUGUCGAUGAUCACCGCCUUACUCAGCUAUGUAACUCACUCUCAACUAACAGCGAGAAAAGAUCACACGCUUGCUCACGCAUUCCCACCAUGGACUUAAAGGUGGAGUUGGUCGGUGGGAAUCAAUUAAAUGAAAAACAAAUAGGUUAUUGAUGUUCCACCCGACUAUACUUAUCUACCAGCAAACCGGUUCAAGGUCGAUCGUGAUUCUUGCUCCGCCAUGUGGUGGAAUUAGCGUCGCACCAUGGAAACAAAGUGACGAUGGCGGGUUCGUCGCUUAAAUGGCUAGCAAAUUUCAGAAACAAACAAAACGAAGCUAUCUGCUCUUUUUUUGAUCACUGUGACGAAUUGAGUGGAGUGGAUGCUGAUUCGCAUGCGAGACUUGUAGGCUGAUCUUGCCACAAACCCGAAAGAAUGAUUUACGACCAUGUCCAUUAAUUUCGUAUAAUCCUCGCGAGCGGAGACACUUUGCCAUCACAAACGAGAAAGUACCGCGCCCCAGCCCAGAACCACUUGAUCAUUCACUUUGCGAACCCCCCAGAGGCAGAGCAGAGAGGGAGAUCCUCUCAGCUGAUACCAUGCACGAAGGAUGCUCGCCGCGGUUGCUCGUUUGCAAACAGAACCCUGAUGCCUGAUCCUCUCCACGCUGUUGUCGUCGGGGGUGCAACUUUCAGUCGACAGUUAGCAGCAUCGCCUAGCGGACGUUCAGAUUCGCGAUCGCGCAAAUUGACCACGAUCGUCGUGAGUUUCGGCUUCAACAUUAGCAACCACUCCACCCCAGAGUUCGAUUCGCGAUCGUGCGCCGUUCCAGUUGGUUGGUUGCAAGAAGAUCAUUCGCAUCUCGCCUUAUUGGCGUGUGCAUGUCGCCGCGAUCAACAGCAGCACCAUGACGCGAUCGAUCGUCAUAACCGUCGUGGCUGUCUUUAUCCUGCUGACGAAUGAUCGUGCCGGUGCAAGAAUCUUCAAGAGGUGCGAGUUAGCACGUGAGCUGGCGCUUAAACAGGUGCCGGAAGAUGAGAUUGGUGAUUGGUUGUGUAUCGCAGAGCAUGGAUCACGGUUCAACAGCUCGGCUAUCAAUCUCAAGUACAAACGAUUUGGUGGUUCAGCGUACUACGGAAUCUUUCAAAUAAGCGAUCUGUAUGGAUGUCUGAAAAGUGGAUCCAUAUGCGGACUUGCUUGUGCCGACUUGAAGGACGAUGAGGUGGAAGAUGACAUCGAUUGCAUGAGGAAAAUCUACAGCGCGUACAACCGGGAAACUGGGGAUGGAUUCACUGCUUGGCCGAUCUACAAGACACAUUGUCGUAAUCCAGCAAGUUUUGUGCCUUUCAAAGAAUGUUUGAAUGACGAGAUUAUGAGAUUUCAAGCUUAUUACAAAAAGAAGAGAGCAAAAGCUAAGAAAGUGGAACUCGAACCAAAAGUAGAAGUUGGAAAAGUAUACGAACGAUGUGAACUAGCCACUGAAUUGCGUGAUAAGUACCAGAUGCAACCGGAGCAUAUUCCGACGUGGGUUUGCAUAGCGUAUCACGAAAGUCGCUUCAACACCUCUGCUGAAGGUCGGUUGAAUGCGGAUGGAAGUGGCGAUCAUGGCCUGUUCCAAAUCAGUGACAUCUAUUGGUGUUCUACAGGGAGUUCCCCAGGCAAAGCAUGCGGCGUAACUUGUGAUGAUAUGCGUAACAGUGACAUCAGUGACGACAUCCGAUGUAUCAAAACCAUAUUUGACGAACAUCAAAGAAUCUCCGGGAACGGAUUCAACGCUUGGUCCGUGUACAAACCCUACUGCCAAGGUAGAGAGGAGAGCUUCGCGCACAACUGUUUCGAUACAACAAAACCAACGACUGCGGUUCGUCCACGACCUGGCAUUACGGCUCCAACUCCAUCGAAAACCAAAUCUUCGAUCGUUUCGGUUGGUAAAAUCUACGAUCGCUGUGAACUGGCAAAUGAUCUUCUGCACAAGUUCAAAUUCCCAAAGGAUCAAGUGGCCACGUGGGUAUGCAUUGCGUAUCACGAAAGUAGCUUCAACACUUCAGCAGAGGGCCGUUUGAAUGCAGAUGGCAGUGGUGAUCAUGGACUAUUCCAAAUUAGUGAUAUCUAUUGGUGCUCACCUCCGGGCAACGGUUGGGCAUGUGGCGUAAGUUGUGACGAUCUAAAGGAUGAUGACAUUGCGGAUGAUGUGCAGUGCAUUCGAAAGAUCUUUGACGAACACCAGAGAUUGUCUGGAGACGGUUUCAAUGCUUGGUCGGUCUACAAGCCGUACUGUCAAGGGAAAUCCGAUAGUUAUGCUAAGGGAUGCUUCGGAUCGGAUGACGAUCAUGCGUUUACAGCCGCAUUACCGAAGCCGGCAAUCACCGCUCCAACUCGUGUUCCAUCUAGAAAGGUUGGAAUUGGCCGCGGAAAGGUGUACAAUCGGUGUGAACUUGCUAGAGAAUUGUAUUACAAGCAUCAACUGUCGAUAGAGGAUUCUGCUACGUGGACGUGUAUCGCUCAAUAUCAGUCGAACUUCAAUACUUCUGCCGUAGGUUUUGGAGGAGGAGACGUUCAGUACCAUGGGAUGUUUCAGCUUAGCGACGAGUAUUGGUGUUCUCCACCGGGCAAAGGUUGGGUUUGCGGACUUCCUUGUUCAGAUUUGGAAGAUGAUGAUAUAAGUGACGAUCUUGCUUGUAUGAAACACAUUUAUGAGGAACACCAAAGGAUAUCCGGCGACGGUUUCAAUGCGUGGGCCGUCUAUCAACCACACUGUAAGGGAAAUGCACAAAAUAUGAUUAAAGGAUGCUUUGAGGAAGGAGAGAAUGCGAUCAUUCCUACAACUACGGUACGUGUUCCCCAUAGAAAGCAAAAUGUUGGUGUAGGAAAGAUCUAUGAACGUUGUGAAUUGGCUCGAGAAUUAUACCAUGUGCAUGGGUUACCAUAUGAACAAAUCGCUACUUGGGUAUGUAUUGCUCAUCGCGAGUCCAACUACAACGUUUCAGCGAUCGGUAGAUUGAAUGCCGAUGGAAGUGAAGAUCAUGGAUUGUUCCAGAUUAGCGACAUCUACUGGUGCUCACCGCCUGGAAAGGGUUGGGUUUGUGGAAUAACGUGUUCGGACUUUGAAGAUAACGACCUAAGUGAUGACGUGGAAUGUAUGAAGAAAAUUUUUGAAGAACACACGAGACUUUCUGGAGAUGGGUUCACCGCUUGGGCUGUGUACAGGCCUUACUGUCAAGGAAGAUCCGAUCAUUAUAUAAAAGGAUGCUUUGAUGAAACGACUACAGUGCCAUCAACUACAACAACGGUAGCAACAACCACUAAACUUACAACUCCAAGAUCAGCCAGUACGACAAAGAGAUCAACUUAUACAUGGCCCCCUACAACCACAAGCAAACCUACAACUGCUUUCACAUUCAAUAACUUCUGGACAUCCUCCACCACAAAAUCAACACUGCCAUCAACGACAACAACUCGUCCAUUAACUACCCCACGAUUCCAGUACGGAUCAACCAAGUCGACGACCAGCCUAUACGACUUCUAUCUGAAUCAUUUUGGCCGUCCAAACACUACCCCGGCGUCCUUUGCUGCCUACACUAUAAGACCAUCAAGUUCUCCAAAACCUGCCAUUCCAACCACCGCUGCCCGACUCACCGCGUGGCGGUCUUCAAGUGAUCGCACCACAACCCUAUCAACUGCCACCAGAGCGCCGCUCUCUAGCACCAUGAAGUAUUCACGUUUUGAUCAACUGUUUGAUAACUUUAGACACGGUUAAUUGAAUAAACCUUUUGAACAAAACCAACUACAACUCAUUCAGAGAAAUUAUCCUUCACAUUUGAAAGUUUGUCAAAUGAAGCAGAGAUCGUCGUCCUUCACCAUCGACUUUACACGUAUUUCGUAAGCCAAUUACAUCCAUCACUGUUAACGAUUGUCUAAAAGGGUCGUAAAUCAAUUCCAAUAAAACGCUAAUUUUAUUGAUCAGUUUUCAACCACACCCUCCCCCUUUCAUU